CCGGCGGGCCCGGGGCCGCUCUCCCCCGGCGGGCAUCUGGGAGCAGGGCGCCUGGGGUCAGGGUCCCUCCCAGCCCCUCAGAGCCCCUCUCUGUCUGUCUGUCUGUCCGUCCGUGUGCAGCAAAUCCAAGCCCUCCUGGCUCCCCCCAAGAGCGAAGAUGGGGAAAAGAAGAGCAGGAGGCCCGAGAAGGAGCCCAGGCGAAGUGGCAGGGCCACUAACCACGAUAGCUGCGAUAGCUGCAAGGAAGGAGGGGAUCUGCUGUGCUGCGAUCACUGCCCCGCCGCUUUCCACCUCCAGUGCUGCAACCCUCCGCUCAGCGAGGAAAUGCUGCCUCCAGGGGAGUGGAUGUGUCACCGCUGCACUGUACGCCGCAAGAAGCGAGAACAGAAGAAAGAGCUGGGGCAGGUAAAUGGAUUGGUGGACAAAUCUGGGAAAAGGACCACCUCCCCCACCAGUGACGCAGACCUGUUGGACAGGUCUAGCAGCAGCAUCAGGGCUAAUGCGCAUGCCAGGAUCUUGGAAAGGAGAGCAAGCCGGCCUGGCACUCCCACAUCCAAUGCCAGCACCGAGACCCCCAACUCAGAGCAGAAUGAUGUCGAUGAGGACAUAAUUGACGUGGAUGAUGACUCUGCCAUUGCAGAAAUGGACUGUGGGCAGCCCCAGCUGAAGCGACCCUUUGAGCUUCUUAUUGCUGCUGCCAUGGAAAGGAACCCAACGCAGUUCCAGUUGCCGAAUGAACUGACCUGCACCACAGCACUUCCAGGUACUAGUAAGAGGAGGAGAAAGGAAGAAACCACAGGAAAGAAUGUCAAGAAAGCACAACACGAGUUAGACCACAAUGGUUUGGUUCCCUUGCCGGUGAAAGUCUGCUUCACAUGCAACAGGAGUUGCAGAGUGGCACCUCUAAUUCAGUGUGAUUAUUGCCCACUCCUGUUCCACAUGGAUUGUCUGGAGCCACCGCUUACUGCCAUGCCUCUGGGUAGAUGGAUGUGCCCAAAUCACAUAGAACAUGUGGUGCUGAACCAGAAGAACUUGACCCUGAGUAAUCGGUGCCGAGUAUUUGACCGGUUCCAGGACACCAUAUCUCAGCAUGUUGUCAAAGUGGAUUUCUUAAACCGAAUCCAUAAGAAACAUCCUCCGAAUCGCAGAGUUCUUCAAUCAGUAAAGAGAAAAGGUUUGAAGGUUCCUGAUGCUAUAAAGUCCCAAUACCGGCUUCCACCCCCGUUACUUGCGCCUGCAGCAAUUAGAGAUGGCGAGCUGAUCUGUAACGGGAUCCCUGAGGAACCCUUGCAGAAGCACCUUUUGAACACUGAGCACUUAGCCAGCCAGACAGAACAACAGGAGUGGCUCUGUAGUGUUGUUGCGCUCCAGUGCAGCAUAUUGAAACAUUUAUCUGCUAAGCAGAUGACUUCGCUUUGGGACUCUGAACAAACAGAGAAGGCUGAUAUUAAGCCUGUUAUUGUGGCAGACGGCUCACUCGCCAACCCUUACCAGGCAGCUGACAAGGCACCCACACCUUCCCUCUAUUCCAUGUCAUCCUGCACCUCAGGGAUUACCACCCAGAAUUCCUUGAGCUCCUCGCAAUCCCAGCAGACUUUGUCACAGGAAGAUGUCAACUGCAGCUCUUGUAUAGAUAAAUCCAAGAAGGUAUCUUCUUGCGGGACUUCAAAUGGGCCGACAGCCUCUGACAUUAAAGUAAACGGUCCUCAUUUCUAUGGCGUUUCGUCCGAAUCUUCAGCACAGUUGACUGACUCCCAGAGACUAAUCGGAUCUGGUAACACAAUACCUGUUUUGUCUCAUCGGCAAACGUGGCCUCGGCCCCUCACACCCCCAGCGACUUGUGGACUUCUGAAUCACACCAUUGGAACCAUUGUCAAAACAGAGAACGUAGCAGGACCCGUUUCUUGUGCACAAAGGGGUUCUGUGCCUGUCACAAGUAUGCCUACGUCCAUAUCGAGCUCCUGUGCCAGCCUGGAGACCACCAGCACUUUGCAAAGAAAGAAUGUGCAGACACAGAUAGGACCACCGCUGACGGCAGACCUGCGAUCUAUGGGCUCCCCUCUGACCGCCACGAGGGCUCUCACCCCUCCUCAGGCUGCAGGAGAUGGGAUCUCUGCUGUUGGGUCCACAAACAGAUUCUGUUCACCAGCACCACCUUCAGAUGGUAAGGUCAGUCCCAGCACCUUAUCCAUAGGAAGCGCUUUAACUCUACCCUCAUCACUCACUUCAAACUCUGCAGCUAUGUUGGACCUCACCAGUUCCCUGAAAGCAUUUAUGGAUGGUGAGAUUGAGAUAAAUAUGCUGGAUGAGCAGCUGAUCAAGUUUCUGGCCUUGCAGAGAAUACAUCAGCUCUUUCCUUCCAAAGCUCAGUCUCUAGCGAGCAGUGUCAGUUCCCAUCAGCAGUCUCCUGUGGGAAACCACAUUGAAGCGCAAAGAAAGGAAGUGCAAGCCCGGGCAGUGUUCUAUCCUUUGGGCUUAGGGGGUGCAGUCAAUAUGUGCUAUCGAACCCUCUACAUUGGGACAGGAGCUGAUAUGGAUGUGUGCCUUACAAGCUAUGGUCACUGUAACUAUGUGUCUGGCAAACAUGCCUGCAUAUUCUACGAUGAGAAUACAAAACAUUAUGAGCUGUUAAACUACAGUGAGCAUGGGACAACCGUGGACAAUGUUCUGUAUUCCUGUGACUUCUCGGAGAAGAUGACGCCCACUCCUCCCAGCAGUAUUGUUGCCAAAGUGCAGAGUGUGAUAAAACGACACAAAAGCAGAAAACAAGAAGAGGAGCCGCAUGAAGAAGCCGCUGUGAUGAAUUCGCAGGCACAAGGGCAGCAUCGGAAACCCUGUAACUGCAAAGCCAGCAGCUCCAGCUUAAUCGGGGGCAGCGGGGCUGGCUGGGAGGGGACAGCCCUGCUCCACCACGGCAGUUACAUCAAGCUGGGCUGCCUGCAGUUUGUUUUCAGCAUUACUGAAUUUGCGACCAAACAGCCCAAGGGGGACACUGCCUUAGUACAAGACAUGGACUUGGAGGAGAAGCUUUCUCUGAAACCCCACCAGGUGCCCGUGCUGCGGUCCAACUCCGUUCCCUAGGAAUUUUUAGGAAGAGAGCUUCGGAGUAAGGAAAACGCCCUCAGACUCUUGCAAUGCAAAAAUGUACAGACCGAGGUGGGAUUUUCUAUGUCGGCCCAGAGACUGUUCACACGCCGUUUGCAUGAAAUGAAGAACGUUUAACUUUUUUUAAUUU